CUCUCAUGACGGGCUCCAAUGGCGCCAGGCGUCAUCGCUGCUUGGUUUGCCAGAGACACUUCAAGCGUACUGAACACUUGACACGCCAUCUGCGACGCCAUACUCAAGAAAAGCCUUAUCAAUGUCAGGAAUGCUUGCAGUGUUUUGCCAGGAAGGAACUUUACCAACGUCAUCAGCAAAGGUUCCAUGGCGCCAGCCAAGGCCAUAUUCCGCCGCCCCGGGUGAUUCCCACACUUAGCUGUCCACCUACUCAGGCUGCACCUCCAGCUUCAGUAAGCGGCAAUUCAUCCCAUGUACUAGGAUCGACGGCCUCUGCCUGCAAUAGCACCGCCGGGAGAACUGCCGCCGUUGACGUGCCACAUGAUGCUCUCCCUUCCGUGCUAUUGCAACUUCGCGACCACCAUCAAGCAGAGUCUACGCGAGCUUGGUCUGAGACUCCCAACGAGGAGUCCGACACAAACCUCGCUGAGCCAAGACACAACUCAUUAGAUCUAGCUUCCUCAGAAUGGUCUACAAUUCCAAGCACAGUCACCACUUCAGAGAACCCUGACCCCGUUCCCUCGACAAUAUCUCAUCCUCCUAACGUGGAUUCUUGCCCCAUAUCACAAUCCGCAAGUGCUAUUGAUCGAGGUUUGACACAGCAUAGCCCACAUUAUCCACCGGCCAUCGAGUGUCUACUCACAUCUCCCUCUUCUCAAGACGUGACAAGUAUUCAACACUUGCGAGAGAUUGUGAUAAGAGCAAUCAAUUCCAGCCCAUCAUGUGCCUCACUCCAUUCUCCUGAGGAAUAUUUUAAUGUUCCUGAUUGUAUAACCCUAGACAGAUACCAGCAAACCUUUUUUGCCUUGACAUAUAGGAACUUACCGUUUGUGCACGCAAGCAUUCCCCUAAUUGACCGUGCUCCAGCUGUUAUUCUAAGCAUUCUUGCUGAUGGAGCAAUGCACUGUGUCAACGAUCAAAUCGGCCAUCGUCUAUUUGAGGCGUCUCGCCGACUUGUGUCGGACUAUCUGGAUUCAAAUGGGUCAGGCCCAAUACCGCACUGGGUUAUAGAUACUCUAUUGAUCAACUGCAUCUACGGCCUAUCCGGGGGGGCGAAAGCCACAUUAAAUGCCACUCAAGGUAGUCUCUCGAGAGUUCUAUGGCUCGCCAGCCAGGUUGAGCCACCUGAAAUACGGACAGCUGCCCUGGGGCAAAGUUUUGCCGUUGAAGAUGAGUGGAAGAAUUUCGUCGUUGAGGAAUCUCUGAAGAGAUCUCUACUUUGCCUUUUGAUAUUCCUUGGAUUAUGGUCAGCCAUACAUGGGCUGCUGGUCAAGAUACCUGAAGGCAUAUUCGCCAACCUGGAUUUACCAUGCACCGAAUCUCUAUGGCUCGAAACCUCGGCAGAGCAAUGGAAAUCGCUUUCCUAUACUUUACCACGUAAAUUAUCAUAUCACAGCGCAAUCCAUGAGCUCCUUUGCGACAAGCCCUUUCCGAGCCCAGACUUAGCUUCCGUCUGCCUCGUAGUUGGCCUCAUCCUCUGGUCUAAUGAAUCGCAAGAGAGCCUCCCUUUCUACUCCUAUACCCAAGGUGAUUUUCGGCUUGCCGUAUGCCACUGGAAACGCAAUGUCGAAUGCCAACUACACGAGAAAAUGUCCAUCAAUUUAUUUGCUCUUCCCAUCACUUCAUACCUGCGUGUUGAGCUGCAGGUAGAUCUCCGCGCAAUGAUGAGCUCGUUUCUGCAUCAUGACUUCGUCCAGCUUCGUCAAAAAUUGCGCUGUGGGAGGCUUCGUGAAGCUUGUGAGGAGGCUCUUCACGGUCUUGUUCCUUGGGCGCCGAGUUACAAGAGCCAAAUAUCCAUGGUCUUUAUUCCACUAUCUGUUAUUGUUCUGGAAACUAUGAUUCUGCUCCUUGAAAGGUCUGAAGUUCGCCCUUCAGACGAUGUAUUAUUUGAAAAGAUUAGGGCCUCAUUCCGUUUGUCGGCAUAUGACAUGCAAGUCCAUCUUGUUUGGGACAGAUUGAAAAGGGUUCUUGCUCAUAGCCCAGCUACAUAUGUCUUGUCCGAGGCAUUGCGCGAAUAUGAACGGGCAAAUGGUCUUUCCGGACAUGCCCGCUUAUCAGCGACAUCCGUCGCGAUGAUGGGUUAACAACAAAUGACUAACUUUCCCGCAGCGGGCUUUCUAUAGAGAUCUCUAUGCCAUUUUAAGUCUAUU